GAUACUUUUCAAAUUUUAUAUUUACCACUAAUAUAAAAAGUACGUUUUUUAAGUUCGAAUUACAAUGAUGGCGUCCAUGUUGAUUUUGAUAGAAAUGAGUGCAAGAUAUUUUUCAAAGUUAGCCUAAAAGUAAUUCAAAAUUUAGAAGAUGGACCAAAGAAGUGGAAACAGCGAUGACGAUGGUAGUGCUCCAACAAAAUCGUCCAAGCAAAGCAACGUUUUACCUCUUUGGGGCAAUGAACGAACCAUGAAUUUGAAUCCUUUGAUUUUAACAAAUAUACAGAGUUCUCACUAUUUUAAGGUGAAUUUAUAUGAACUGAAAACGUAUCACGAAGUAGUUGACGAAAUUUACUAUAAAGUUAGCCACUUAGAACCUUGGGAGAAAGGUUCAAGAAGAACUUCAGGUCAGACUGGUAUGUGUGGUGGAGUCAGAGGAGUGGGAGCAGGGGGUAUAGUUUCAACCGCUUAUUGCCUUUUGUACAAACUGUUCACAUUAAAAUUAACAAGAAAACAACUAAAUGGACUUAUAUCUCACUGUGAUUCCCCUUACAUUAGAGCACUAGGUUUCAUGUACAUCAGAUACACUUUCCCUCCAGCCAAUCUUCUGGAAUGGUACGAGGACUAUUUGGAGGAUGAAGAGGAACUUGACGUGAAAGCUGGUGGAGGACAGAACAUGGCGAUUGGGUUGAUGCUAAGGCAGUGGCUAGUCAAGUUGGAGUGGUUUUCUACUUUAUUCCCUAGGAUUCCCGUCCCUAUACAACAAAAAAUCCAGAAACAUUUGGAGGGCCGUUUCCCACCGCACGCAGUCCAAGCAGCCACCGAACGCGCCCGAGAAGACCACAAACAAGAACGCGGCGAGAGAAGAGGGGCGGGAGGACCAGCAGCGGCAGCAACAUACGAAAGAGACCGACCGGUGCGCGAUGAUCUCCGACCACCACGUGGCGAUUUACGCAACAACUUUCUACGCGACGACGACCGUCGGUUGGACAGAGACACCAGGUUUGACAGACGAGACAGGGAUCAUGAGAGGCGAGACAGACCUAGAGAGAGAAAACACAGAGACCGAAGUCCGCAAAGGAGGAAUCCGCACGGAUCUCACAAGCAUAGAGAUAGGAGUAGAAGCAGAGACAGGAGGAGUCGUUAUUAAGUUGAAAAUAAUAAGUUUGGUUAAGAGAAAUGAUUGUUUGAAGGAAAUCGUAACCCAUUGUAAAUCUUUUUUAAAAACGAAAAUUAAAUUAAACCGACUAAAAUUUGGUUUGAAAUGUACUUAUUAUUCUGGUAGCAUCAAUUGAUCUACCUAGAUCAACAUAAGUACAAAAUUCUUUCAAGCUGCUACAAAAAUAACAUAAUAGUGUCCCUUUACUGGUGUAUGCUCAGUUUUGAAUCUUACAACUGAUUUCUAUUCAGAAUAGUCAUUCUCCUAUACUUUUUGAAACUGGUACUGGUUUUCCAAGUGCUUUGGGACAUUUGUCUCUUUUUUUGUUUUCUUUUUCUCCCAACCCAGUCUUUAAUGGAACUUGGUUUGGCACCUUUUAGUAUUCCUUAAUUCAUAUCUGGUUUCUGUAUUUCUUAUAUUUUUUCAACUUUUUCAUUACCCUUGACCCCUCAGACACUCAAAGUAAUUUUAAUCUGAUAGUGAAUAUCCUCAGUUCUUCAAUGCAGUCUAGUAUCAGUCUCGAAGUCAAUUUGUGUACUUAAAAAUUGGGUACUAGAUGUGUUAUAUAAUUUUCUAAUAUUUUCCAUUCUCAUUUGUUACUAUUUCUUGUUUACAAUCAGUCCUAGGCCAUAAUAUCGCAGUUGGUCUGUCUUCCAAUUAAUAUACUCUUGACUCAGUAUUUCUUUGCUUUUAAGGUAGUUCACUCAUAAAAGGGAUUUUCUUAAGAAUUCAAUAAAAUUGAAAUAUAAGGUUAAUGAAAAUGUCUUUUGUAACUAAAAAAAAUGAAAAUUUUUAACCGUCUGUGAUAUUAACAAUCAAAAUGUGCAUAAUUAACACUCUUGAAGCCCGUCAUAUACAAGCAACGCGUUUAUUUCAAGAUAUCUCGAAAAAGGAUCUUACUAUAUUUUUUAAAAACUAAUGUAAUGUAAAUCAAGAAGUUAUAAAAUUUUCUAAAAAACGCUGAAUUUUUUGACCGUUUUAUAUAGGUAUAUAGAUUUUUAAAGGAGUCGACGCGUAGUGGGGUACAAUGAUUACAGCUUGGCAGCAUUGUAAUCGCUACACUUAACGCGCAGUUAAAUGUUAGAUUACUUUAGGCUUGUUUUGGUUCUUUCUGAAUUACACUCGAUCAGCUAAGAGGUUGCUAUAACCUGAAAAAUUAAUUCGUCCACUGUAUUUGAGAAGUGGAAUCAACGGUUCUGUUUGAACCAAAACAAACCCUUUGUAAGUAUUAACGUUAUGUAGGGUUAAGAAAUUAUCCAAAUACAUUAUUACGCUUUUUCAUUAAUAGUUUAAAUUAGAAUAACAAAUAAAAUAACAUUUGUUUCAGUGACGGCGUUUUACAUUGCACUAGAACUCUAAAAAAUUAGUAUGAGGAAGUCACGAAUUUCUAUGGGCAUACACACUCACUUAAUAGCCCACCAUUUAUAUAUUUGCGACGUUGCCGGAUGGAUUUUACUUGAAAUAAUAACGUAUCCGUAUAUAUAAGCUUACAUGUGUUGUAUACAGUUUCUUAUAAAAAUAACAUUUUUUAGCAUUGAGAAUCUCGAACUUUUAGUAUUCACCAUUAGGCGAUAUUUUUGUGUACGACUAUCACAAGUGAACUACCUUAAAACUUUUCAGAGCUCCUGGUCUUAUAAUUAUCAUUCUCUCUAUCUCUGCUGUUUGGAACUUCAGCCAUUCUUUUCCAUUGUUACAAGAAUUAUUUUAUAUUUUUUUUAAAUCAGGCGGUGGUUGGUCAAACUGGAGUGAUUUUUGGACUUUAUUUCCUAGAAUGUCCGUCCUACUUCAAAAAAUGUCCACUAGAACUUCCUCUAGAACUAAAAAUACGAAUUAUGAUUUUGUUGUCCAAUGUUGUUUACAAAUUUGGCGCCCAACGUGGGGAAUUGUUUAUUUUAUUAUGAUUCAGAAUGGUUUUAAUAAAAAAUCGCCAGGUUACGGUUUCCUUAAGUUUUCCAAGGAAUAUUUCAUACAUUUAUUAUACUCCAUAAAUAGAUCUAUAUGUGUGAAUUUUUGAAAUAAUUAAUUUUUUUUUAGUUACCUACCUACUAUUUGUUGAAAAACAUAGAAAAUAUAAUUGUUGGCUGCAUUGUAUUCACAAAUAACGAUGCCACUGACAAAGAUGGAUAGCAUUGAAAGUACUGUAUUGCUUAAAAAAAAACUUGAAUCUUAAUUAGAUAUAAAUUUCUGUAUCGUUUUUUAUUUCAUUAUGGAAACGUGUGAUGAAUUUUUAUGUAAAAGUACAAAAUUGUACACAUAAAUCUCAUAAAAAAACGAGGAAAAAAAUAUGGUACAGCUAUACACCUUUUUUUUUAUGUAUAAAAUAUUAGAAUUUUAUGGAAUUUGGUUGUGAUCAAAUUUAAUUACAAAUAAUUAAAACAGAACUUUGGUUAAAGCAAAAAAGCCAUCUUUUAUUAAAACCAUAUUAAAAAAUGGUAAUGUUGAUUUUUUCCUGUAAUUAUUCUAUUUGCGGUUUAUAUAGGGAGGUACGGAGCAACGAAGGGACUCUUGUCUCCACAAAAUGAUGAAAUUUUAUUGAUCUAGUGGUCGAAAAUUUUGUACCUACACUUGCUUCAUAUCUCAUUAUUAAUGACACACCCUGUAUAGAAGUAUCUUUUAAAGUAUGUAUAUUUACAGAAGAAGAAACAAACGAAUUAGAGUAUAAUUUUAGUUUUUAGUAUUGUAUUUGUUCAUUUUUUUUUAUCUAAAUUAAAAUCUUUUGGAGAA